AUAAAUGUUUUAAACGAUUUAAACAAAAUAGAUUAUUAUAUUCUCAUGAUAUUUCUCAAUAUCUUCAUCAUAUUUAGUUUGAUUAUUUUGAUAUCUACUGAUUCGAUUUGUACAACUAUCACGUACCAUGUCUGUGCAGUACUUGAUAUUACCAGAUAAAAAUUAAAGUAGGAUAAGAUUACGACGAAAUAUAUACAACGUAUUGUAUAUCUAGUUACAGAUUUAAACAUCUUUUCGAUGAUCUUCGAAAGAUGAACGUCGCACAUAGAAAAUACUUACUUCGAAACCGAAUCGUGGGCAUAGUUAGACACCAUUGGAAAUGCAUCGAGUAUAUUAACCUUCUGGAUUCAUAUUAUUCUAUACCUAUUGUUCUGCAAUAUUUAAUAGCAACAAUUAUAUUCACUUUGAAACUCUACAAGAUAUACGAAUGCGUAAAAAUCAAUCACUUUAGAAAGAUUAUAAUCAUAUUGAUAGAUAUUAUUCAGAACUACGUAUUCAUGUUUCUAUAUUUUUGUCCAGCUACUAAAUUGACGAAACACUCUGAGAUUUUGUUAAACAGUGCAUACAACGCGUGCUGGUACGAGACAUUCGUUCACAUACAAAAGAUGUUCAAAUUCGUAAUACAAAAUACUUUGAAAUCUUAUCACUUAGGAAUUUUAGAAAUAUUUUGUAUAACAUUUGAAUCGAUGGGUAAGGUAUACAUUUCAUUUAAUAUAACUAUCAUUCUGAGAUAAAAAGAAGACACUCAAAAGGAAUAUAUAGGUUUCAUUGAUUCUUCUACAGAAUUCUUCUCUUCGAUGGAUUUCCAGAUCAUUUGGAAUUGUUUCGAACUUUCACUCAUCGCAUGGCUCGAUUCGAUACUAUUCCAAGAGAUCUUUUGAUGCAAAUGUUUCAGUGUAGGGGAUGAAUUUAUAAAAUAAGAUUGUGCAUUAGAAAUAAUGUU